CAAAUUCAUUUAAUAUAAUUUAAAAUAAAAACAAUUCGUAAAAUCAAAAUAAGAAGCCGUCAUUGAAGAGCCCCGCCUGCUGUUCCUGAGACCUCCUGAAUCGCUAACCUCCCAAACAUUGGACCUUCGAGCCGGAAGCUAUCAACCAGCGCCAGGAUCAGCAAGAAACGCGUCGAGCACGUGUCGCGUGGUGCACGCGGCCGCCAUUACGUGCCGACAACGAGUUUCGGGAAUAAACUGUAAGUGCUUUACAUUCUCUCUCACACACCAUGGCUACUCCUAAAUCAGUGACUCCAAUUUCUUUAACUAUUGAUUUAAACGAUCCGCGUAUCUUGACGCAAAGACGAGGCACACUCAAGGGUAAACUCACGUUGUUCGCUAAAUAUGUCGCUACGCUUAAUAAGGCUAAUUUAACGAAUAUUCAAAAAGUCGAGUUGCAAUUACGCAUAAAUAAUGCCGCGAGUUAUUAUCAAGAUUUCGAUGUCGUUCAAACUAGAAUCGAGGAGUUAGCAGAGUCGAGUGACCUCCCUAACCAUUUAGAAUACCGCGAAGAGUUUGAGGGGAAAUAUUAUCAGACAGUGGCCGCAGCGUCCGAAUUAGCUAACGUUGGCAACAGUCCCGCUGUUGCUAACGGCAGCGCCGCUGCCCCUGCCAGCGCAGAUUCCGUAGGUUAUAAGGUUAAAUUACCUACGAUAUCACUCCCCACCUUCGACGGUUCGUACGAGCAUUGGUUAGGGUUUAGGGACACGUAUACUUCUCUGAUACACGAUUCUAAGGACCUGGGUGCCAUACAAAAGUUCCAUUACCUACGCGCAGCCCUAACCGGUACCGCUUUGGAAGUAAUCAAGUCCUUGGAAUUUUCAGCAGAGAACUAUACGAUCGCAUGGGAGAUUCUCGAAAACCGUUUCAAUAAUCAUAGGUUACUAACACACAAUUACGUAAAGUCACUUUUCAACACGCAAUCAUUAAACAAAGAAUCUGCUACACAGAUUAGAAAGCUGAUUGACUCGGUGUUCCGUUCCCUUCGUGCCCUGAAGACCCUAGGAGAACCUACGGACUCCUGGGACACGCUAGUCAUUUAUUUAAUUGUCACGAAACUAGACGCGGCUACGGAGCGCGAGUGGGAGGAACACAAGGGCUCGAUCAACUCUAAUCGGCAGGAUUCUACCUCUCGUAUUAAGCUAACUGAUUUGAUUACUUUUUUACAAAACCGUGCAGAUAUGUUGGAAUCUAUUGCGGCUAAUCAUUCCAAAAAUACGCACUCAAAUACGCAUGAAAAUAAAAAGUCAUCAAAUCAGUCGCAAUCACACAAUUUACACGCAACGCAUAGUUAUGCUUCUAGCUCCACGGUUUCACAAUCACACACAAACAAAUCCAGUUCCAAACGCACUUCGCCUCGCAUUUGUCAAAUGUGUAGCGCUAAUCAUCCGCUUUAUUCGUGUAAUAGUUUCCUUGAUUUAACUGUUCCCGAUCGAGUAAAAUUAAUUGAAGAUAAGAAACUAUGUCACAAUUGUCUUCGCGCUGGUCACACAGUUGACAACUGCUUUUUUGGCCCGUGUAGGAUCUGCCAGAAAAAACAUAAUAGCUUGAUCCAUAGCCUGAGUAGUGACAGUGACGGUGCAUCCGCUACGGCUGGCAAUGUAAACAAUAAGCCACCGGCGAGUGCCGUCCCCGCCACCUCGACUUAUCACACUCUCACACUUAAUUCGCACACACUCUCACCGCCUUUAAAACCGGUAUUAAUGAGUACUGCAAUAGCAGAAGUUGCCGAUAGCAACAAUAAAUUACAUAGGGCUAGAGUUUUUCUCGAUAAUGGCUCAGAACACAGUUAUGUCACGCAAUCUUUCAUAGAUAAAUUAAAUACGCCUUUGGUACAGUCCACUUGCAAUAUUUCAGGGUUAGGUAAAUUAGUCACGCAAACCACACACUCGUGUCAGCUUAACCUACAUUCUAUUAAAGGUGACUACCAUACACGCAUCAAUUGCAUGGUACUCCCUGUCUUAACGGAACCACUGCCGUCAGCAGUGAUAAGCGCGCAUUCCAUUCGCAUUCCAGACAAUAUUCAACUCGCGGACCCUAAUUAUUUCAAAUCAUCAGAUAUUGAUAUAUUGUUAGGCGGUGAUUAUUUCUGGGGCUUGUUAAAUAAGGAUAGAUUUCCUCUCGCAGAAGGGCCUUAUUUACAAGAUACUAAACUUGGUUGGAUCGUCGUGGGUCCGAUAAAUAAUAAACGCAUUAAAUUAAAUAAGACUACUUGUCAUUUCACGCAAACUUUAGACACGCAAUUAAAACAGUUUUGGGAGCUCGAGGAGGUUUCGAAGAUAGGAGACGGACUGACAGACGACGAACGCGCAUGUGAACAGCUGUUCGUUUCGACUACGCAACGCGAUAAAGAUGGUCGUUUUUUAGUACGUUUACCCCUAAAGGAAUCAGCUGAUGCGCUCGGCGAUACCUACGAUGUAGCUAGGAGUAGGUUUUUAUCUUUAGAACGCAAACUCGAGCGGUUCCCCGAGCACAAAAAGAUGAAAUAA